AUGCAUUGGAACAAGGCUCCUCAGAGUCAGCUCUUAUGCUUUGGUGAAAAUCCCAACACUAUUGUCUUUGAACACAAAUCCUACCCUGCUGCCAUGGACAACGAUAUUGUUCCCCAACAGCAAGCCGGAUUCCAUUACACGACUCGAGCUGUCCUUGUCCCCACUCAAACAAACCUAACUGCACUUCAUUUGGCGAGUGCUGCGCUUUCUUCUAAUGGCCAUGUUCCUGUUGUUGGGACAACUGAUAUAAGGAAUAAUGCUUCCAAAGUCUCGGGAGGGCCUUCUCAGUUGACUAUCUUCUAUAAUGGUGCCGUUUGCGUUUAUGACAACAUUACUCCAGAAAAGGCUCAGGCGAUUAUGUUAUUGGCCGGCAACGGGCCCCCAGCUCCGACUAGGCCUUCUGCUCUUGAUGGCUUCGUGACGAGUCAGCCUUACUCGAGCCCGGCUGCUAUAGCUCCUGUUAGCAUUUCGCACGGUUGGCCAGUUGGCACGAGUAGUACUGCUUUAAACCAAGGGGCUCUUGUAAUGUCUUCACAAAACAUCGAACCUCCCAAAGUAGUUAAUUCGGUGGGGCCGAUCUCGGGGACCGUGCCUCAGUUUAGAAAAAAGUCUCUGGCUCGAUUUUUGGAGAAGCGCAAGGAGAGGGUGAUUAAUGCAUCUCCAUAUGAAAAUAAGGAAUUGCACAAUGGUAAGAGCACCCCAGGAGGAGUCGGUAGCACAAUCAUGUCCCCGAAAUCUUCAAGCUCGUGUCAUGUUUCGACCGUGAACUGA